UCUUCGGGCGCGGACGGCAGCAAGCCCAACGGCCAGAACUGGUUCCUCACCUGCGGCGUCAGCAAGAACAACCCCAACUCCGUCUGGAACCCGCCCAAGGUCGCGAUGAGCGACCUGAAGAUGAUCUCAUCUGAGGAGGCGGCCUCGUCUAGCGUUUUCAAGCCUUGCGCCCAGUACAAGUCGGCCUUUGAGUCCGCAGCCAAGGCGACUGGCGUUCCCGUCGUGCUUCUCAUGAGCUUUGCGCUGCAAGAGUCGACGUGCCAGGCUGGCCAGACGGGCCCCAACGGAGAGAUUGGCCUCAUGCAGAUCACACCGGAAAAGUGCCCCUCAUCAGGCAACUGCAAGGACCCCUACACCAAUGUCAUGACCGGCGCCAAGUACUUCAAGUCCCAGUUGGACAGCUUCGGCGGUGACGUGCUCAAGGCUACCGGCUCUUACAACGGCUGGCAGCCCGGCAAGCUCUCCUACUCGAGCACCAUGGCAAUGAAGCAGUACGGCUGCGCCGCGCAGCAAAACUUGGACUACCUCGACGCGCUCUUCAACGGCUACUGCCAGGGCAAGGACGGAAGCUCGUCUCAGUUCAAGUCGUUCAACAACCUCGCCGCCUGU